AUGUCACAAGUGUCUAUGCGCCUUCCGGAAAUCCCUCUGCCAAUAUUUGAUGGUGAUCUCCGCUCAUGGCCAGAUUUCCGGGACCGUUUUGUGGACUUAGUAAUUCGCAAUAAGAAUAUUGACUCAGAUAGUACCAGAUUUUACUACCUACUUGGGUGCCUUCAAGCGGACUCAAGUGAAGUACUCAAAGGGAUUCCAGUGACGAAGGAUACCUUUCAGAUAGCUUGGAACACAUUGGUAAAGUCUUACGACAAACCCAGAAAGCUGGCUUCCUCAAUCAUUGAGAGAUUUUUGGUUGCUCCAGUGUCCACUUCAGAAUCGCUGAUGGAUCUCAAACGUUUUUUAAGCGUAUUCGAUGAAGGACUAGCAAUAUUGGAAUCAUUGCACCUGCCAGACCUGUGUUCGUUCUUAUUGUUCACCAUCGCUUCAAAAUCUCUUCCAACUCAUACUCGACGCUUGUUUGAAACAGAAAAUUCUGCUGAGUAUCCCUCUGUUGACAGUGUGUUGGAGUUUGUAAAGAAUAGAGUGCGAGUGCUGGAGAAUGCUGGUGGUACUUCAAGUACUGGGAAACCGUUUGGUGGUAGCACCAAGAAGUCAAACUCAGGUUCAGCUAAGCAAGGUAACCGUCCCUCGUCUAGCCAGACAGCGUUGAUAUCUUCAGCAAAGGUCCAGAGACCCAAGUCUACGCCUUCCGAAAAGUGUCACUGCUGUGGGGGAGCUCAUGCAUUGCAAGAUUGUGCAAAAUUCCUGGAAGCUUCUAUAGAUGAGCGAUACCAAAUUGUGUGCUCUCACAGACUAUGUUUGGAAUGCUUCGAAAGUGGUCAUAUGUCAUAUAAAUGCAAGUCGUCCUGCAGUGUGUGUAAACGUCGUCACCAUGGGUUAUUAUUGCACAAGAAACCUUCUACUUCUGAUCCGUUGUCUAAGGAUUCCAAAGUGUCAAUGUUUACCAGACAUCGAAGUCAGCUUCCUUCGGUAGUACUAGCGACCGUAUUACUUCAUGUCAAAGAUGUAGCCGGAAGUCUGCAAACAGUUCGUGCCUUGAUUGAUGGUGGUUCACAGAUCAGUGCUAUAUCUGCGAGUUGCUGUCGUCGGCUAGGUCUUCGAGUGUCGAAAUGGACAUUACCGGUCACUGGGUUAUCGGAGUUACCCGUCCCAAGUGUUUUAGGUAUCGUAGAUCUACAUAUUCAACCCCGAGAUUCAAUCCAACCCUCAAUGUCUGUAAAAGCUUGGGUGUUGUCCUCCAUCACCUCAGAUAUGCCUACUUCAAGACUACCGUCAACGGUUCGGGAAAAAUGUGGUAACUUAUCAUUAGCUGAUCCGCUAUUUGAUGUACCCGCUCCGAUUGAAAUGUUAUUGGGUGCAGACAUAUAUCCGAUGGUUUGGUCUCAUGAAGCUGUUUCAUUAGGUCAUGGAUAUCCAACUGCAUUCAACUCCAUUUUUGGUUGGGCAAUAGUAGGUCCACUUCAACACAUAAAUGCUCCAAAUCCUAGAGCUCUACCUGUUCAGAUAUCGUCGUCAAUCGAGUCUUUGUUGGAGAAGUUUUGGAGUAUUGAGGAACCGGAAGCUGCUCCGCCUGUGUUCACUCAAGAAGGCCAUUGUGAAGAAAUCUUUUGUGCAGAGAUGUGCAAAAAUGGCAAAGGACAGUACAUGGUCCCAUUGCCGUUCCGUGAUGGUCAACCUGCUGCCUUUCCUGGAAUGUGA